AAUUUCUGGGCAUUUUUCGGGUAAGCCACAGCCAAGAAAUCAUCUCUUUAACCUUGAUUUAGGCUGGGUUAUGCUAAUUUCUGUUUAUUUCCCUCAAUUUUUGGGUAGUCCGUGAGUUUCCCCUGCAGAUGCCGCCGGCUUCUUCUCCCUGCUAGGUCCGGUUCUUGCUGGAAAUUUCUGGUUAUUGAUCGUUCUGUCAGUUUAGUACGUGAAUUGAGUGCUCGGUUUUGCGGAGUGAGGUAGUGUGCCCCGAGACUCGGGAAUCAAGGGGAGUGACGUGAUAAAAGGCUAGCCACUUGAGAUUUGACAUAGAUUUUAGAUACAUGUUCUCCAUGCUCUUGUAAGUUAGAUUUUAAUUGGAAAUUUUAUGGUAUCAAAACCGAUUUUGUUCAGUAAGUUCCGAGCCUUGUGCAUUUGUGGGAUCCGUCUCACGAGUGCACGGCGUCUGUCGCGCCUCGGAUUUGGGUUCUGGGGCGUGACAAAUAUUUUAACCAAAAUAUAAAGUAACUAACAUCUUAUUUCAUAAAACCAAAUAAGCUUCCAAUUGAGCU